CCUGUUUUACUCAUUAGAGCUUGUUCACAGAUUGUAAACUUCACAGAAGUCGUUUUGUGGCUUUUUUGUAGCUGCAGAACAUGUCCUGUAUUAGGUAUUAAGAAUCAUAGAAUGAAAUUAUAGCAGUAUCUACGACAACUUACAUUGUGUGGGCUAGACUAGACUAGACUAGACUACGACAGUACAACGUUGUCAAGACGUACAUCCUUCCAAAUCAAGCAGGUGUACAGCACUGAAGAAUGGCUGCUAGGGGGGUCACAGAAGAGGAGGGAAAGAGACCUAAAGGAACUUCUAGUGUGGGUCCACGACCUGACAGGAAAAAACUGGACAAGAGUGUGGAAGCCAUUGGACGGGCCAUUACUGACAAAGAGACCAGCCUGAAAUUGAUAUCCUGGAACCCCACUCAAAGUCUGAGUGCAGAGCUAGCCCAAUUGACAAGCCACCUAUCGGAGGCUAAAGAAGAAAAGAAGAACAACACUAUCCAGGUGGAGAAGAUUGAAGUGGAAAUUCAGAGCCUCGGUGCUGAUGUCAUCAAAAAGAAAAGCGAUGCAAGUACUCUGAUAGCUGGAGUGAGACACAAGACAGAGGAGAAAAUUGACGAGGCUAUCAGUAAACUAGAGGUUCAGUUGAUUACGAGGAAAUACUCUGCUCCUCAGGAGAGGAACAUCCAACACGAGAUCACCACUCUCACCAACUCUAAGAAGAGGCUGAGGGCCUAUUAUCAGUUGAAGAGUGAGAUUGAAGACAUGAGAACAAGACAGGAGUGUCUCAGAAAGAACAGAGAUGCUCUGUAUCGGUCCAACGGGAGUCUGAGGGAGAGGAUAGGGUCGUUGAAGGACCGCUCGACUGAGAAGAAGUUGGAGAUGGAUCAGCUCAAGGAGAUGAGGAAAGAAGCCUUCUCUCGCAAGGACGCCAUUGAGAAAGAGAUCUAUGAUCUGAAGCAGCAGCGUCGCCAGCUACAAGACGAGUUUCGUGCUGCACAGAUGCUCCACUCCCAGGCGGCCAAUGAGGAACGUGUGAGAGAGGUGGAGCGCCACACUGAGAGCAGGAGGGAGGAGAGGCUUGCAAGGCGGAGAAUCCUCCAGCAGGACCAGCUUCCUGUACCUCGUCCACAAUACCUUGAGGAGAAGUUGACCUGCAACACUCUGAUCUCCUACAUUGAGAAGCUCUGUCUAAGCCACUCCUCCAGUGACGACGCUACCCUUAACUCCUCUCCUAGUCUCAGCCGACCCACGGUGGACCAAUCUAACCCGUCUAGCCGACCUGGAGAGUUCCUACGACGUAAGGAGGAUGAGAGAGGAGAGGUCCUCAUACCAGCUGUCACUCGUAGGAAGAGCAAGAGGGACAGGCGGAGACACACCGUGUCUUCCACAGUUGGUAAGAGUCUAAACCACAAUGCCGCCACGAUCAGUCAGUUCAGCGUGAUAGGGCUGACCCCUCCCUACUCCAGUCUGGACCUCCCGUACAUCCGCACACAGCUGCACGAGAAGCUGACAUUCUACGCCAGCAAGAGUCAGUCUGGUUUGGCUCCCGAGUCUGAGGCUGGUGACUCUGGAGUGGGCAGUAUUGCAUGGCCUGAUGAUACUGACCUGCACACUCCCCUCACAAUCAGUCAGGAGGAUAUACCCAGCGAGACACUCUCACCAAGACGCUCCCUCACAGAGUCUAGUAAUGGCUUCCCCCACAAGUCCCUCGCUCCUGAACAAUCGUUGACUGACAGUCUGGUAGACCAAGCUGCCUUGAUUGCUAGUGGUCUGGUGUCCGCGUCAUCGGUCAGUAGUAGUCUCACCACCCAAUCUUCUACAUCAAGCACUGUUGCCAUGGUGGCAGCCAAUGGAGUCGAAGAGUGAGGUCAUGUGAUGGACAAUUGUCGUGAAUUGAACUCAUGCCUGAUUUUAACAGGUCUUUUAGCGUAGGUGUUAUUUGUGUACAACGGAGUAAUUGGCUGCUUAUUUUUAUUCCCGACCAGUCAAGUAUAAACAAACCCUUUAUAUUUGUGCAAUUUCACAAUAUAGCCAAGUCAUGUCAUUAAUUAUCUCAUCACCAAAGCUUAUUUAUAGGAGUCAUUUAAUUACUGUCAUGCAGCUUUCCACUAAUUAUUAUGUGUACAUUUGUGACAAAAUUUCACAUUUGUUUCGAUUUGAUCUUGAUAAUUUAUUAAUAUCCAACCAUCGAUUUUUGGGUCAACUUA